AGACAAGCACCCAAGAAUGGGGAGACCAAAUAAAGCUUUAGUGAUAUAAUUAAUACUCUCCACAAAUACAAUCUCUCUUGCUCCUCCCUUGCUUUCUUUUUCGUGUAGUGACAUUUGGCUCUCGCGCGCGCCUUUUCACAAUUCUCACUCGCUCUUUUGUGUGUGGGGCUCUGAGUGGUGGCAUUGCUGUAUAUUUGCUUCUAGCUGGCUGUCAUCGUGCCCAGCCUGCCACUGCUCGAUUUGUGUUGUAGCAGCCUGGUGACAUUUUUUUAGUAGUUUCCUUUUGGACGUCGUCGUGGCUACGUGAAGUGAAAUUAUUUGACGUGUCUGGUCGCAAGUUCAGUUCCUUUAUGGUAAUUUGGGCUUUUCUUUAAAAUAAGCCCAAGAAAAAAAGUGUUGUUAAAAUAUACAAAAAAUUACAAAUUGGAUAGCGAAACGCAAGCAAGACAACCAAGAAAUCGAGAAAGGCAGCAACAAAAGCCUCUAUUAUCCAUCCAGGUAGUUUAUGUGUACAAUUGUGUGUGUGUGUGUGAGUUUUAAGAAAAGAUUACAUAUAGCAAAAAAAUUAACCUUAACGUUAGUGAAAUGGUGUGAAAAACUUCACAUUUGGCAAAGUGAAGGCAUUUAUUACCUUUUUGGGGUUUACAAAAGAAUACGUAUUUUAUGGCAAAUUUUUUCAAAAUUCCCUGGUCAAUUAUUUACAAUGGGCUUUGAUUUGCCAGCUCUAUCUGCUGUUACCAGUUACGCCCCAAAAAGUCUUGCAUGUUCAUCACAAUUUAAAUAAGAAAUAAAUGUGAUUGCUACAAGGUAUUAACUAGCUGCUGAUGAGUUUCAUUACAUUGUGGCUGAUGGUGUGUGACUGACGAUGAUGCCAGCGAUGAUAAUAAUGAUGAUGAUGUUGACGACGACAAUGAUAAUGAUGAAGAUGAUGCAAAUGACGCCAAUGUUCGUUAUUUACAGCAAACGGAAAUAAUUGCAAGAGUAGUUAGAUUUUAGCAACAAAUAUUAGUAGGAAUAUUGCAAUUUUAAAACACACACAAACCCACACACACAAAUUCCCAACAAGAAUAACAACAACAAGUAACAGUAAACUAAAUAUCAAGAAAGCAGCAGAAGCAAAAGCAGCAGCAACAGCAGCAGCGACAGCAGCAGCGACAGCAUUAGCCAUCUUAGUAAACCGAACGAGUCGCAUACAAAAACUCACCCAUACAUAUGUAAACGGAAGACAAACAAUCAAAUUAAGUCCCACACAAACUAACAGCACAGAUAGCAAGAGAUAAAGAAGUAGAGAGAGAGAGAGAGAGCGAACGAGAGAGAGAGGUUGGCAGAGGAAGCAUAGUAGCAACAACUUAAUAUAUCACAUAAACAACACACAAGCCCCUGCCGGAAGUAGUGAAAAAUAAUGCAUCUUCAUUUUGAACGCAACACCAAUACAAAAUGCGAUUGCACAAUUUUAUCAUUAUCCUGGAUGGGAAAAGUUCCCGAUGAUAUACCAGAGGAUGAUGGAUGGAAAUUGAAUCGCACCAAUUACUAUCAGGAAGGUUGGCUGGCAACUGGCAAUGUGCGCGGCAUUGUGGGAGUGACUUUUACCACAUCCCAUUGUCGCAAAAACGUUGAAUAUCCACUACGUACAAAUUACAAUUUAAGAGGACACAGAUCAGAUGUUAUCCUAGUCAAAUGGAAUGAACCAUAUCAAAAAUUGGCAUCCUGUGAUAGUUCUGGCAUUAUAUUUGUAUGGAUUAAAUAUGAGGGCCGUUGGUCCAUAGAGCUAAUCAAUGAUCGCAAUACCCCGGUUACUCAUUUCUCUUGGUCCCACGAUGGUCGCAUGGCCCUCAUUUGCUAUCAGGAUGGCUUUGUUCUGGUCGGCUCGGUGGCAGGGCAACGUUAUUGGUCUUCAAUGCUAAAUCUGGAAUCGACCAUAACGUGUGGCAUUUGGACGCCCGAUGAUCAGCAGGUCUAUUUUGGCACUACUCAAGGUCAGGUGAUUGUUAUGGAUGUCCAUGGGGCCAUGGUGUCACAGGUGCAGCUGUGCAAUGAUGUGGGCAUAACUUCAAUGUCUUGGUCUUGUGAGAAAUUCAAAAUGGAGGAGGGUGAGGAGUCGGAACCCGGUGUAACAAAUGCAGCCAAACGUUCAUUUGUUUUAGCAGUUAGUUUUCAAAAUGGUUUUAUAUAUCUACUAAAAUCGUUCGACGAUGUUUCACCAUCACAUAUCAAUACUGGCCUUGAUGGUGCCCUGGGCAUGGUUAUGGAAUGGAGUAACUCACGUGAACUCUUAGCUGUCGCUGGAACUUCACAAAAAGCUGCAGCCAUCAGCGAUGUCGCCAAUGGUGGAGUGGUCUAUAAUAAUCUUUUGAAAUUCUAUACGGAAACGGGAGCACUGUUAUAUCAGGCGAAUAUACCAAAUUCCAAUGCUCCGGUAUCUGCCUUAACGUGGGGCCACAACGAUAAGCGUUUGUUUAUAGCCACCGGCACACAGGUGCAUAUAGCCUGGGUUUCACGCCGAGUAGCCUCGUUGCAGUUGCUGUGUCGCCUGCAAAUACAGGCCAGUAUAGGAUCAGAAACUUUAUUGCCAUUGUUGCCUUUGCCGUCUAGGAUUAAAACACUUAUCGGCAACCUUUUUGCUCAAACAAUUCGAUGUUGUGUACCUGAUUUAAAAUCUCUGAGAGAAUUCGUUUCGCGUCCUCCCAUAUGUUCGACGCGUUUACACUGUACUAUGAUAAGGCAUGAUGAUGACUCCAACAUUAGCUCUGGCACUUGCUAUACAUUAUAUUUAGAAUACUUGGGCGGCUUGGUGCCAUUGCUGAAAGGAAAGCGUACUUCUAAGAUAAGGCCAGAAUUUGUAAUAUUUGAUCCACAAGUAAAUGAAGCAUCGGAAUUCUUUCAUCAUUCACCAGGAUCCAAAAGUUCAUCAUCGUCUAGUCAGUCGACCAGCACAACGGCAACUGGUCGAACCGAUUCGUCAGAUAGUGAAUAUGAGGAUCGAAUACGUGGAUCACCGCAUACGCCCAGAAAACGAAAAAUACGACAUCAGAAACGCCAUGGCAAUGGUCAUGAUCGUAAUACAUUGACCACCGGUAGCAAUGAUGGCAGCGAGGCAUUAGAUGAAUUGGCCUAUGUCGAUACACUACCUGAGGAAGUGAAACUUGUGGAGGUGACCUCAAAUAUAUGGGGCACCAAAUUCAAAAUGCAUGGUCUUGCGAAAACCGUCCCAGCCAAUUUGGGCCAAGUUACAUAUAAGACGUCCCUACUGCACCUGCAACCCAGACAAAUGACCCUGGUCAUUACAGAGUUGAGAGAUGAUUUUCCUCUUGGUCCAGAUCCUAGCUUCAAUCCGAAUCUGUUUUCGGAAGACGAAGAUGAAAAUCACACUCAGGCCAACACUGCAGUGGCCGUCGAAGUGGCCAUACCUCCAGAUGCUGGCGGAGGGAGUGGUGGUGGCGGUGGCGUUGUUAGUAGUCUGGCCACUAGAAAACUUAAUGAAAUUGCCCCUCCCAUAGCACCCAUGUCACCCAGACCGAAUCGCUUGUUGUCUCGUCAUCGCAACUCGUCUAAUGGCAACCAGAUCCCAGGGGCUUUGGGACGCAGUCCGCUAGCUCGUGCAGAGUCUUACGAUGACGAUUCAACAAGUGAGUCGCCUGAAGCUCUUCCCUCCACCUCAUCUACAGCAAUGUCAAUGGCUGCCGCCAAUGCAGCUGCAGCUGCUGCCCACAACAAUAACCCAUCCAGCAAUCACAAAGUUUUGCGUCCCAAGAACAUUACAUCGACUUUUGCCCGCUCCAAUGGCAGUGCGUGUGGCCAAUCACGUCAUGCCAUCUCACCGCUUUUUAGCGAUGGUUCCGUCCCUACUUUACAGUCUCCCAAGAAUGCUGUGGCACCCACUGAUAUUAUCUUUGAACGUCCGGCCGUUGCGGCCAAUGGUCAGACUACUCUGAUGUCCUAUUCUAGCAAUGCUGACUACACCAACAAUGUCGUCCAAGUUAAGAAUGCUUUAAUGUCGGAGACCAUACGUUCCGCCAACAGCCAUGUCAAUCCAGUGCCUCUUAAUCUAAAUUUGAAUUUGGAAAGAAUGGAUGCGGCAAAAGUGAGAACAGCACUGCCAUCCACUUCCAAGAAACGGGACAUGCUGUAUAUCGACGAUGAGAUGCAAGGAAAUGCAGCAAUGGCGCUACAACAGCUCCAGCAUCAGCAACACACAGUCAAUGCCGUUGUGACCUCAUCUUCAUCCAGCUCCUCUUCUCCUCAUGCUGGGAAUGAAUCGAAUCCCAUGAAAAGAACUCCUACUGUGGUAUCCAUAGCCCCAGCCACGGAUGUCAUAACGCGCAGCUGUAGUGUGGGUUAUUUGGAUUCGGUGGCCAUAACUCCAAGCGAUGAAGCCUUAACGGCAUUGCGAAGAGAGGCUCCCCAUAAAAGACUUAUUUUGGUGGAUAAUCGCAAAUGUCGCAAGAAACGCAUGCAGCAAGGGGACUCCAGUAGACCUAAACUCCUGCUCACGGGCAAAUCAAAGAGUUUAGACUCUUGUGAUCUACUCUCCACACAAACCAAGCUGAGUAGCAAGCAAUUGGAAAAAUUGCAUGAAGAGACUUCCAGUGCGGCCCAGAAAAAAAACAACACAUGUUCCUCCUGCUCUACGUCUACCACUGUUAGUGAAGCGUGUAAACGUUGUUCAUCGUCGGGGAAUUCCAAGAAAACCAUGGCCACCAUUGAUGACAUUAUUCGGGCGGAUGUUGACACACCCGCAUCUGUGAUUAAGGAACAGCAGCGUCCCACUGAACCUGAAAAUCAAAGUAAAAAAGCCAAUGGCAGUGAAACAUUACCCAAGCGAAGAAUCGAUGUCAUAACCAGCUUCACCGACAGUCCCCUGUUCACCCGCAAACAUCGAUUUGGCAAUCGUAACAAUGGGGACACAGCGUCGCCCACCAUGGCCAGGAGAAAUGAGCAUGGCUUCAGUCUGGUGAAACAGCUCACAGAGGGACGUUGGAGACGUAAAGAUCCCAAACAAGCAACAGCGGCGGCAACAGAAAAUAAAUCGCAUAGUGCAACCGAGCAACAACGUUCAGAAUCUAAAAACACUAGUGAUAGUACUAUAGAGGCAACCCCUGUAGAAUCCAGAGCUUCAGUUUCAUUACACACUCAGGCCCUUACCACAUUAGAGAACAUUAUCAGUAGGUUAAGAGAUUUAGAUGAAGGUCGCCUAACACCACCCACAACACCGCAACGUUUGCCCCGCAGCUCGCCCGCCUCUCCGGCAGCAAGUAAAAAGAACAAACGCUACCAGAGUAGUUCACCCAUUCGUAAUAUUUUGAAUUCCCCGCUAUUGAAUCGACGCCAGAGGAAGAAACAAAACAUCAUAGACAGCUCGGAUGAUGAGGCGAAUGGCACCAAUGGCUCAGGCGAAGAGAACGCCUAUACCAAUGGCAAUGGCUGUAGUAAACAAUAUCGUGAUUUGGAGACAUUCCAGAAAGCGCAGCUGCGACAAAAGUUAAAACGUGGAAGAAUAGAACCCAAUGGAUCCUCAACAUGCAAUAAUCCAGCCCCAGUGCGUCGUGAGUUUGUUAUGCACAAUAAAGCACCAAUGUGGAAUGAAAUGAGUCAGGUAUACCAAUUGGAUUUUGGUGGUCGAGUAACACAAGAGUCGGCAAAAAAUUUCCAAAUCGAAUUUCGUGGAAAACAGGUCAUGCAAUUUGGACGCAUUGAUGGCAAUGCCUAUACAUUGGAUUUUCAAUAUCCAUUUUCGGCAUUGCAAGCAUUCGCUGUGGCGCUGGCCAAUGUGACGCAACGCUUAAAGUAAAAAAGUUGAAGAACUGCAUUUUUCAACUAAUGCAUAUAUGAUAGGUAAUGCCAACAAAGAAAAAAAAACAGAAAACCGCUUAAGAAUGUCCCAGACGAUGUUUGGGUUAUUGGACAGCAAACAAACAUUGAACAAAUUCCAACUUAGGUUGUAGUAGUAAAUACAUAUACGGAACACUUUAUCAUUUCCGUUAAAUAAGCAGCAGAAGAAACAAAGUAAAAAAAAAUUAUUUAAAAAAAAUGCCGUAGAUUACUAAAAACAAAACAAAAGUACCGACCCACAUACAUACUUACAAGAAAAACAACCUACAAACUUACAAAGAAAAACGUAACUUAAUAGGCUAAUGUGAAAAAUGACAAACCAACUGCAACAAUAAUAAAAACAACAGUGAAAAUGCAUAAAAGUUUAUGUGCAUACAUACAUACAUACAUACACAUACACAACAACAACAACAACAGUAUACUGUUGUUUGGUGGAAACCAAUAUUUUACAGAGAGAAAGAGAGAGAGAGGAAGAAAUGAGGGUGCAAAUCCAUAACCACCUCUACUUAAGUCUAUAGGUGGUAAUAAUGCCACCCAAUUUCUAUUCCCUAUAACCGCAUGUGCAUGGUGACAUGAAAAAAACUAGCUUAUCGUACACUCGAACCAAAUAAAUAUUUUCCAUAAUUCCAUCAUUUGAAUGGUAACUACAAGAGAAAAACGGCAUGAAAAACAAUUGAAAACAAAUAUUGAUUAGGUGUGCAAUAUUUAUUAUUAUAAAAAAUACAUACAUUAUACACUCAACAUAUAUUCUUACAAAUGUAUAUAUUGGGGAGAACCGUUGUUGAAAACAAAAUUCCUCAAAGGCCCCCAAUGAGUAUUGUUGCUGCAAAUCAUUUUUUUCGUGAGAUAUAGACUUUUUAUUAAAGAUUGUCUUUUUUGUCAGCAGUUUUGAAAACCAAUGCCUUUUUCACAUUUCCUAGGCCUUCGCGUUUUUUUUUCUAAUUAUUUGAGGUUUUGACAGAGCUAUUGCCUUUAAAAUUGAAGAUCACCAUUAGGGGCCUAAUUCUCGCAUCCGCAAUCGACUUAUCGAGUUUCGCAUUUCGCAUCCGUUAUCGAUAAAUUCUAUUCGAAACUUCGAAUAGAAAUGUGCGAGUUUUUGCCCGCAUCAAUUUACCUAUCGUAAAUACCAAAUUAUUGUCUAUUUUCAAGAAACUAAGCUAAAACAGGACAUUGAAGUAUUUAUUUUAUAAAAUGAAACAAUAAUUAUAUUAUAUUCACAUUCCUGAUCCCUUAAAUUGGACAAAAAUUAACUUUGAUCUUAUUCCAAAUUCGGCAAAGCAAAUUAUCAAAUUAUCUACAAACAUGACCAAACCAACAGCUGAAUCAUUUAACCACUAAAUUUAAGGCAGCGGGAUAUUUUUUCAAGGAAAAGGUUUUGACUUUAUCCAAUUGAACUUUGGCUGUUGUGCUCCUUGUGCCUGCCCCAAAAAAACAAUCACCAAACAAGCACCGUUGGCUGUGCUAGAGGCGACGUAAUUCACAUGUUUAUUUGUCCUCUUUCGCAUAAAACAACAAUUUAUAGUGUAAAAACAAUCGCAUAUUGUUUAAAACGUGUUUUUUUUUUUUUUUUUUUUAGUAAUAAAAUUUCGUAACAACUACCAUUUGCUUUGUUUACCUUUGAGAUGCCAAAAUAUGUUCGGCGUAUCGAUUUUUUCUUUUCCGAAAUCGAUAACUUUUUGACAAAUUACGUUCGUAAGCCAUGAUUCAAGUGAUACUUACGGAACGGAAUUAAGCUUCGAACAGAAACUCACUCGAUAACGGAUGCGAGUAUUAGACCCCAGAGUUCGAAUUAUGGCGCGACCAACAACACAUUUGUAAGCGGUGGUCAUACUCACAAAAUGUUAAUGACAAUUUGUUUUUUUUUUUUCUUCUUAUUUUUAUACUCAACAGUGUAAAUCACAUGCUAUACUUUUUUAUGGAUGUAGGUCGCUCACCGUGGAAAGGUGAACGACUGUUUUUUUCCAACAACAACAAAAAUAUAGGUAAAACUCCCAUCAUAUGUUUUGCCACUAGCAUUAUUUCAUGACAUAAUUACCAGGUAGUGUACCGUAAACUAGUAACAUACUCAAAAUCAGAGUUGCACUAAUCAUUGAUUUUGACAGAUAGUGCACUUAAUAUUUUGUUGUUGGACAACUGGGACUACCUGUAACUUAAUAUAUCUUGGUCAGGACGUUGACUCUCUCCUUCUCGAAAGAGCUCAGAAUCCCAUUUAUAACCAGAAACCACAAAAGAGGGGUUAAAGCUUGCAGAGUUCUUCUGGUCGCAAUCUUCCUAAUCGAACAGGCUAUUAAAGAAAGAUACACCUCUAUAGAAAAAUCUAUCAAUUUUAUGCCAGUGCAAAUUUCAUCCGAAACCCUAUCGAUUUCAUGCGACAACAACUUAUAUUACCUACUUCAUUCUUGAGAAUACUAAAAUUAAAUAAAAAAAAAGCUUGUGAAAGAGAAAGUCGACUUACAGCUAUCAGUGCAAACUAAUUUAAUAUUUCCUGCCGGUGAUUGACGAUGUCAGUCGAAAUGUCGAGAAGAAAUUCCAAUAAUAAUAUAAAUUAAAAGCUCUGUUUUGUCUUUUAAUCACAGACCUAUAGCCGAAUUAAUUUGCAAAAAUAACAAUCUAAGGUCAACCAUAAACAACAUAAUAAAAAAAUCUAAUAUAAAGAGCGAGAAAAAGGUAUACCCCAAUAAUCUUUUUAAAAAAAUAU